GGCAAAGAGAGAGAGAGAGAGAAAGAGAGAGAGAGAGAGAGAGAGAUGGAGGACCAAAUGUGGAUGAGUGUGUUUAGAUCGAGAGCCGAAGGUUUGCGGGAUGAGUGGACGCUGCAUAUGGAUGAUUCCAUCCAGCCCAAAAAUACAGAACCAGGGUUUUAUGAGUACAUGAGAGGAUCGUUUGCUCAGUUUUAUUGUACUGGAUGUGGUCAUUCGUGGUCCUCUAAGCGAGUGAUGGUGGUGUUUCAUUUCUCACGUGAUGCGGCAAGUGGGCGUGGCACUGUAAAGAUGCGUCGUUGUAAGCAGGAGUGUCGCCGCUGCACUGCACCCCGCAAGGAGAAUCCGAGAUAUGGUCAAGAGAACAUUGACGUCAUCCUGGAGAAACUGAUAGAAAAGAUUAAAUUUAGGUGCUAUGGGGAGAAUGUGGGACAAUCAAACCGAUCCUCACGCUUUACUGGUAGAGUGACUGGACCACACGAAAGUGCGCACUGUGAAGCCUGUCAGCUGGGGAUCUGCCAACAGGGAACAUGAACCACACAGCAGCCCCAGCUGGACAUCAGUCCAUACCCACUGAUAGGGUAAAGGACUGACUUCACCAAGCACACCCUCACCCUAACACCACCACAAAUCUUCCCCAACAUCAGAUGGUUAAUUUAAAACCAGUAUGAUUUUUGCUUUUUUUUUAUCAAUUAAUUAUUUGCCUAAUAUAUUCUAAGUUAAGACAACUAUUUUACUUUUACU